GAGCCCCCCGCUGCCGGCGGCCACAGGGCCGCGGGACCAGGAGGUGCAUGUCCAGCCCAGGACGAGAGCCCCAGGCCAGGGAGGGGCAGAGGCUGGGCCUGAGGCCUGAGCGGGCCACUGGGCUAGGACUCGGUUCCUACCGGAAGGAUGAAGACUUGUCUCAAGGAUGACAACGGGCAGGAAAGGCCCAUCAACUGAUCUCCCCUGACUCUGGACUCACAGCACCUCUCAAACCCCUUCCCACCCACACUCACUGCCUAGCCUGUGUCCCUAGUUCUUCUCUGAGAUCUCUACUUAUGCUCCUGUUCUCAACAAGGACUUAGCCAGAAACGGGCAGUGUCUCCUUUGGAGCUGGUAACAGUUUCCCUCCCUACUGUAACCUGUUCUCAGGCCCAUCCAACCAUCAGCAUUCCCAACCUGACAUGCAUUCUCACCCUCUUCCUUCACCCAGGGGACCCGCUGCCUCCCACCCCACCCCAGCCUCCUUUGUCUUGGUUUCCUUGUCAUGACUGCCUCCCUGUCCCCUCCCACCCCCACACACCCACCAUCUUCCCAACAUCCCAGCACCCUCCUUCCUAAUCUUGGGAGGCAUCUCCUCUGGCUGAACUGGAGAAUUCCGGGAUCUAGGCCAUACUCCUUAGCCGACAGCCCCAUCCUUGGGAGGAGGAGCAGGAGAGAGCCUGAGGAAGAACUGGGGUGGAGGGGAGUGAUGGGAACAGUGUCAGGCCAGAAGGCCCCUGAGGAAAGAGACUGUGGGGAGACUGGGAUUGAGGGGAAAGUAAAGGAACCAGAGCCGGGGCCAAAGGAAGAGGGGGGCCAGCGAGAGGUAUUUGCGGGGGAGGUUCAGCAGCUGUCUUUCCCAAGAUAGGGACACAUGGGCCUGGUUAUUCCUCUUGUCAUAUGUGGAGUGGUAGGAGAUGGAAGAGGGAGCAAGACAGGGCAAGCCAAGGCGGGUAUGGGUACAGAAAUUAGCAGGCUUAGCUGUCUGAGCCACUGGGCCCCAGCAGUGAGGCAUCUGAGCACAGUGGAACCCAGCACACACCUCCUCACCUCACAGUCCUCCCAAACUGUCCAACCCUUUACCACUGACCCAAUGACAGGAUCAUUCUCUAGUAGAGCAACACCCACAUUACCAUUAGGAAAGGGAGAAUCAAACACAACCCCCAGGGAGUUAUAGGAGAGCAAAAGUCCUACUGAAUUUUAGCAGGUGCAGUGUCCAGGGAAAAGAAAUAUAGCAAGCCAGGAACUGAAAAACCCACUAAUCUAAAACCAGACCUCUGUGCCUCUCCCCCAGGGACAAAAAUGUCCUGCCAAAUUCCUCCUGGAAAAACCUAUCCCCCCAACUGCUGUCCUCCCCCAGCCAGGUCCCAGGUUUCCCAUCUCCUAGGAACAGAUGGAUCUCCCUAUUCAGAUCCUCCCUGUGGUGUAUGUGGGUGGAGGAGCUGGGCUCCACUAAUGGACCAUGGUCCAGGCAGGGGCUCCAGGUCCAAUGUGGGGGGGAGGAGAAGGCGUCAUUUCCGGGGGCCCUCGCCAGUGUCUGAUGGUUCCCUGCUCUCUGAUUGGAUAGAAGUGGCCGGGGCAGGCGUGUGACCCCAGUGCUGUGGAGGAGCUAUGCCCCAACGCCACAUGUCUUCCUACCCAUCUGCUCCCCAGAGUGCUUCCCGCUCUGCACCUGGGUCCAGGAGCCCUUCUCUACCCGGUAAGCAGGAACGCGAGACCCAUUUCAGAUUCACUGAGGAACCCUGACAAAGAGGAGACACCAUGUGCUACAAUCACAAGAAAACAUGACAACAGUCAGAGCUUUAGCAGUUCCAGGCUGGAUAGAACCCAGACCUUCUUCCUUGGCCCACCUGUGCCCCACCCAACUCUGCCCAGAAGUGCAAGAGCCUAAGCCGCCUCCAUGGCCCCCGGAAGGAUUCAGGGGAGAGGCCCCAUACAGGGAGCCACUCCAACCAGACAGCCUGGCCAGAAUGGAGCGGACUGAACUGCUCCUCGUGGUCAUACUUCUCCUAACUUCAAGACUAACUCCGUCUAGCCCGGCUCCUCCUGCCUGUGACCCCCGACUCCUAAAUAAACUGCUUCGCGACUCACAUGUCCUUCACAGCAGACUGAGCCAGUGCCCAGACAUUAACCCUUUGUCUACACCUGUCCUGCUGCCUGCUGUGGACUUCAGCUUAGGAGAAUGGAAAUCCCAGACGGAGCAGUCCAAGGCCCAGGACGUUCUAGGAGCAGCGACCCUUCUGCUGGAGGGUGUAAUGGCAGCACGGGGACAAGUAGGACCCACUUGCCUCACAUCCCUACUGGGACAGCUUUCUGGACAGAUCCGCCUCCUCCUUGGAGCCCUGCAGGGCCUCCUUGGAACCCAGCUUCCUCCACAGGGCAGGACCACAGCUCACAAGGAUCCCAAUGCCAUCUUCCUGAGCUUCCAACAGCUGCUCCGAGGAAAGGUGCGUUUCCUGCUGCUUGUGGUAGGGCCCACUCUCUGUGCCAAGCGGGCCCUCCCCACCACAGCUGGCCCAAGCAGUGCCUCUCUAUUCCUCACACUGAACAAGCUCCCAAACAGGAUUUCUGGAUUGUUGGAGACAGACACCAGUGUCCCAGCCAGAACUACUGGCUCUGGGCUUCUGAAGAGGCUGCAGAGAUUCAGAGCCAAAAUUCCUGGUCUGCUGAGCCAAACUGCUGGGUCCCUAGACCAAAUCCCUGGACACCUGAACAGGACACAUGGACCCUUGAAUGGAACUCAUGGACUCUUUCCUGGACCCUCACCCAGGGCCCUAGAAGCCCUGGACAUUCCUCCAGGAACUUCAGACAUGGGCUCCCUGCCACCCUACCUCGAGCCUGGAUAUUCUCCUUCCCCAAGCCAUCCUCCUACUGGACAAUACUCACUCUUCUCUUCUUUACCCACCUUGCCCACCCCCAUGGUCCAGCUCCAACCCCAAGUUCCUGACCCCUCUGCUAUCACACCCAACUCCACCAGUCCUCUUCUAAUUGCAGCCCACCCUCACUUCCAGAAACUUUCUCAGGAAGAGUAAGGCACUGCCAACAUCAGGACUGUCUCCUAUGUAAAAUUCCCUUGCCCAAAGGAGAGGCCCUGGAAGACAACUGCAGCUAUACCAGAUUUCCUGGUUUCACCUGAAACCCAGAGCCCUGGUAAAGAGGGACACCCAGGAAGAGAAAGGGAUUGUUUUUCACUGUAUAUUAUAAAACUUCAGAAGCUAUUUUUUUAAGCUAUCAAUAACAUUCACCAGAGCAGCUAAUUAUCUUUGGUCUAUUUUCUGCACAAAUUUACAACUUACUGAUUUUCUAUAUGCUCUUAUUAGUAUUCGUAUGAUAAUUCCGCAAAGACCUAGACUGGCCUGGCCUCUAAACAGAGGCAAAGACUAACUUAUGUCAGAAAACAGAAAAAAGAGCUUUGGUUUUCUGCCUAAAACCUAGGUUAGUGUCUUUACCCCCUUUGCUGUCAUUCUCAAUGGCACUCUGAUCUUGUUUUCUUAGGAGACGCUCACUCUUGAGAAAUGAGUGAAAAGUUGUCUCUCAGAAAGGAUAUCACUACAGAACAGAUAACACUGAGCCCAUAUAAAUAAAGAAUAAAUGAGAGCACCCAAAAGCUACUGAAAUGCAAGGUAAAGAUGUUCUUCUCAGGGGGCAAUAGAUCUCCCCCUCCCCUAUCCCCACCUCCCAAAAAAAGCUAACAGGAAGCCUUGGAAAGCCUCACACCCCAGGUAAGUUUGUGCAGACAGUUCAGUCAAGACAAAACCUGGAUGUGGCAGCUGAGCAAACAGCCAGAGCUUCAGCCCCUCAGCAGGAAGCUUCACCAGGCACGGUUCCUGCCUCCCUCCUGUGGAGGUCUGGAGGAAGUGCAGGAAGUGGCAUGAGUCAGUCUCCUAGGGUACACACAGCAGGAGGGACAAGUACAAGUCAAGAACAAGUUGAAACUCAUUUUUCCAAAUCCCAGAAGCGCAUAGUAUCUAAAAAGCAGCCCUAUGUGUCCACCAUAAACCGUGCUCAGGGUUCCCUAAAAAAAUAGCCAGGCUUAUGGGGCUUUGCAAACAAACGCCACUUUGGUGCUUAGGAUGAGGUUAUAUUACCCAAAGGUCAACAUUACCUUCAGAGGUUCCUGUAGGAAAACUAAUUGAAGCUUUUUCCUCUUCCCACCCCAGCCCCAACUCCCCAAAGGAGGAAAAGCUACCACGUAGAUAGAGGAGCCAGGAACCCUAAGUUCUAAACACUGCACACAUAUCCCACAAUUCCCAGUCAUUCUAAAACAGUAGAAUGAAAGCUAGUGUGCCAGGAACCUUCUGCAUAUUGCCUUUUUUAAUGCUCACACAACUCUAUAUGGUAGGUAUUAUCAUCUCCAGUUUACAUAUGAAGAAACUAAGGCUCAGAGAAACCAGGCACAUUCCCAGUAGUCACACAGCCUGUGAGAGGGAAAAGAAACACCCUAAGCUGACUUAUUUAGAUGCAUACUCUUCCCAGGGUGGCGCACUGUCCAAUAUAUCAGUCAGUGAUCCUGUUUAUUGGGAAAGACUUCCAAGUCCUUAGGGAGUAAAUCUAUCAACAGAAGUCUGAGCAGAAAUGAGCAGAAAACCAAUGCUCUUGGUGGGUUGACCGAUUUAAACAUCUUCAGGUGUCCCUCUCUCCUGUCAUGGAUGAGGAAUCAACAAAUACACAAAGCUCCAAAAUGUUGUCCAAAUCUUAGAUGGUGUCAGUUUCUGAUAGGAGCAAGUCAGUUCAGCCACCCUACAAAUUCCAGCAUGAAGUCAAGGGGGAUACUAAGUGAAAACUGUAAUUCAUUACAAUACUAAAGUAGGUUAAAUCUAAGGAUCAAAUGAAACACUUCAUGGCACAUGAAAGCCAGCACCUAGGACAAGAUAUGCCAAAGAGACCAGAGACAAAGACUUAAGGCUUC